AUGGCGCCGGUAACUUUGAACGGCAUCGAUAAGGACAUUAAAGAUGUUAUACAGCACUUAUUCGAGAUCCAGUCCGCCGUCCACGGAUACCUCGGAGCAGAAACUCAGCAGGAGCUUGUACGGAAAAUGUAG